GGCGUUAUUAACAAAUAUUCUGUGUAGGUACUUAUUCGAUGUGAUAUGAACUCAUAAUAACUUGUUCCUGUGUCGAAUUAAAUGUUGGAUGAUAAAAGAAAUUGGAAAUGAAAGUUCUUCAUUUUGUAUCAAUAAUGAUGACGGUGGUUGAAUUAUUGUCAUCAGAAGCUGAAAAUAUUGAGUGGGUCAAAGUGAACUGUUCUCAAUACGAAACACAAGAUUAUAUUCCGACCGGAGAGACAGAGACGAUAUUAUCGAUACAAAAAAAUGAAAGUCGAGCACACUACGAGGGCAAUUCAACAAUUUCCUGUAUAGAGGUAGAAGAAAAUGCAAGACAAUGCGAUGUACAAAUUGUUGCUGGAGGCAUUGGAAACACAUUCGUGGAUCUGUCAUUGCAGAGGAACUCAAACCAAUGCCAAGAUACGCUCUUUCAAGUGAGAUACACUACAAUACCAGCGAGAACUAAAUCUUCAGCUAGUUAUGAGAUUACAGAAUUAACUACGACUGGCUUUCAGAGACAGAAAAGAAAUGAGGAACAUAAUUUGACUACCAUUGUCGAAUAUGCUUCAGAAGUUCUUCAAAAUGAUAAACUGUCAACAAUAAAAAAAUACGUGCUGAUUUAUAUGAUUUUAGCUCAACAGUUAGAUAGUGUGCUCUAUUUCGUUAUUAUUUCUUUCAUUUUAUUGUCAACAGUGAUCAUAAUAUUCUACUUUUACCUCAAACACAUUGAGAAAAAAAUAAGGACUAAGAUGUAUACCAUCGAAGAAGAAUACAGGAUCAAAAGUAGCGAUGAUGAGUUUCCGGACUAUGAGAACGUCUGAUUAUACCCACUUUCGAAUAUAUUUUCAUGAUGCGAACUAUUUUUUUUUCUUCUUUGUCCAAACCAGUAG